GCGAGAUGGUGGGAGAGACAGCGGGCCUGCGGAGGCUGAGGCAGGCGUGACUCUAGCACAGACUCUAGCAUGGCCUGCAGGGCCCUACACCUUCUGGCCCUCGUGACACUGCUCGCGGGGUCUGCUCUUUCGUCCAAGCAUGUGUUUCUGGGAGAAAGAGAGCAGUUGGAAGUGGACCCAGACCAGAGGACAGCUUUACUAUCAGCUGACCAGGAGCCCAGGAUACUGCUAGACUAUGCUGUGGGGAUCAAAGCUUACAAGGACCCGACAGUCAGACGAUGUUACAUAGAGAGGCUAGAUGGUUCCACAAUUCACAGACAACACAGAAAAGUUGUGGGAAGGCAAGAAUACGUAGUCGGCCAAAACUUCACUAAAUAUGAGUUUCUCAGAAUUGCUGGACUCCAAGUAGUCAACUUCUGCCGAGGAACCCAAGUCCACAUCUUCGAGUAUAAAACUCUACAGUCUCUCGACGUGGACCUUGUGUCCAACGAGAUACCAGACGACAGACGAAAUGAGCACAUCAGAAGAAGACGACAGGUCAACGGCUACUCUCGGCCUCGAAGGUACCGAGGACAGACCCAGACACAGUAUGUUGCGUUCAACAAGGAGGGAUCCGGAGACAAAACCGGCACUGCAGAAGCUGUGGCUCAACCAGACUUGUCUAGAGCAACUGUCAGUGGUUCACAUGGAAUGGGCCAGGCUCAAAGCCAAUCUGGUUCUGGAGGUUGCGAGGAAUGCUAUGGAGGAGUUUAUGGGCCACAAACUGUACAGACUGGUGGGAUGUACCCAAGUUACAUCCCAGGAUAUCCAACAGGUCUCGGUGGUGGAAGACCCGGCAUUGUAGGGCCAGGAGGAUACCCUGGUGCAGGAAUUCCAGGUGCAGGUAUUCCUGGAGCAGGAGUGCCUGGAAUAGGAGACAGAACUGCUGGAGGAAUACCAGGGGUCACAGGUCAAGGAACAUAUCCAGGGGCAAGAGUACCAGGAAUAGGAUUGCCAGGUGCAGAAAUGCCAGGAAGAUAUCCUGGGGCAGGAGUUGGAACACCUGGUACGGCAGGGAUUCCAGGAGUGGGAAUACCAGGUGCAGGCAGUCCUGGAACUUAUCCCAGUGCAGGAAUUCCAGGAGUAGGAAUUCCAGGAACAGCAGUGUCAGGUGGAUAUCCAGGAGUGGGAGUACCAGGAACAGGAGUACCUGGAGCAGGAAUACCUGGAGGAGGGCCACCUGGUUCAUAUCCAGGAGCAGGAUUUCCAGCCAUUUAUCCCGGAGGAAUACCAAGUACUUAUCCAGGAGCUGGAGUGCCAGGAGUACAUCCAAUAGGGCCACCAGGAGGAUAUCCAGGAGCGACAAUACCAGGAACUUAUCCAGGAGCUGGAGAUUCAGGACUGCAUCCAAUAGGACCACCUGCAGCUGGAACUCCAGGAGGAUUUCCAGGAACAGGAAUACCAGGAAGUUACCCAGGAACACCAGGAGCAGGAGUUCCAGGAGGAUACCCCGGAGUUGGAGUGCCAGGAGUACACCCUAUAGGACCACCUACACCUGGAACUCCAGGUGGAUAUCCGGGAAUAGGUGUACCAGGAACUCAUCCAGGACAACCGGGAGCUGGAGUUCCAGGAUAUCCAGGACAACCGGGAGCUGGAGUUCCAGGAUAUCCAGGAGCUGGAGUACCAGGAGGAUAUCCAGGAGCUGGAGUACCAGGAGGCUAUCCCGGAACGGGAGUUCCAGGAGCUCAACCAAUAGGACCACCUGGAGGAGGAAUUCCCGGAAGGGCCCCCGGAACAUAUCCAGGAAUUGGUGUACCAGGGACUUACCCCGGAGGUGGUGUACCAGGUGCUUACCCAGGGGCUGGAGUGCCAGGAGUACACCCAAUAGGACCACCUGGAACUGGUGUUCAAGGAGGAUAUCCAGGGACAGGAGUACCAGGUUAUCCAGGAGCAGGAAAACCAGGUGUAGGUAUACCAGGAACAGGAUUACCUGGAGGAUAUCCAGGAGUAGGAGUGCCUGGAACAUACCCUGGAACAGUGCCAGGUUACCCUGCAGGAGGUAUACCAGGUGCUUACCCAGGAGCUGGAGUACCAGGUUAUCCAGGAGCAGGAAAACCAGGUGUAGGAUUACCUGGAGGAUAUCCGGGAUCAGGAAUACCAGGAGGCUAUCCAGGAACUGGAGUACCAGGAGGUGGAGUACCUGGAGGCUACCCAGGAGGUGGAGUACCUGGAGGCUACCCAGGAGCUGGAGUUCCUGGAGGCUACCCAGGAGCUGGAGUACCUGGAGGCUAUCCAGGAACUGGAGUACCAGGAGGCCAUCCAGGAACUGGAGUACCAGGAAGCUACAGGAAGCUAUCCAGGACUGGAGUACCAGGAGGUGGAGUACCUGGAAGCUAUCCAGGAGCUGGAGUGCCUGGAGGAUAUCCUGGAGCGGGAGUGCCUGGAAUAGGAUCAUAUCCAGGAGUAGGAAUCCCAGGAGGUUAUCCAGGAGCUGGAGUACCAGGAGGCUAUCCAGGAACUGGAGUACCAGGAGGCUAUCCAGGAACUGGAGUACCAGGAGGCUAUCCAGGAACUGGAGUACCAGGAGGCUAUCCAGGAACUGGAGUACCAGGAGGUGGAGUACCUGUAGGCUACCCAGGAGGCUACCCAGGAGCUGGAGUACCUGGGGGCUAUCCAGGAGCUGGAGUACCUGGAGGCUAUCCAGGAGCUGGAGUACCUGGGGGCUAUCCAGGAGCUGGAGUUCCUGGAGGCUAUCCAGGAGCUGGAGUACCUGGAGGCUAUCCCGGAGCUGGAGUGCCUGGAGGAUAUCCUGGAGUGGGAGUGCCUGGAACAGGAACAUAUCCAGGAAUAGGUAUCCCAGGAGGUUAUCCAGGAACAGGUGAAGGAGUAUAUCCAGGUGGUCCACAAACUAAUAGAUUUCCAUCUGGUGUGGGAACAGGAACUGGUACAGGGAUUGGUGUAGGCACAGGUGUUGGUAUGGGCACAGGGACUGGUGUCGGUGUAGGUACCGGAACUGGUGUCGGUUUAGGUACCGGAACUGGUAUAGGUACAGGGGUAGGUUUGGGGGGUGAGUACAUUCCAGGAAGUGGAGCCGUUGGAGGUGCAUUUGGUGGAGAUUCCCAAGCACAGACUAGCAUUCAGUAUGAAGGAAAGGAAACUAAAUUGGGUGCUUCUUCCCAAGGCAAAAUAGGGGAUGGAGUAGCACAAGCCCAAGUAUCAGGAACAUAUUCAGGUACUGGAGUAUUUUCAGCUCAAGCACAAACUAGUGAUAAGGAUAAGGGUGCUCAAAGUCAAAUUGAUGGGGGUGAUCUUGGAGCCACAAGCAAUGCUCAAGGACGUGCAGGAAGUAGCUUGUCUCAAGCACAAGUACAACUUGGAAGUGAAAAUGGAGCUACUAUAGCCGAAUCUCAAAGUUCAGGUCUUAAUUUUGGAACAAAUACUCAGGUACAAGCAGGAACCAAAGGUGGAUUAGCAGAUGCUCAAUCAAGAGGCCAGGGAAGUACACAAAGUCAAGCUCAAAUAGGUUUCUCCCCCUACCAAAAAGGAAAUAGUCCUGAACAAGAAUCUGUUUACAGAGGUGGAGGUAGUGCAUCAUCACAAACUAGUUCACUUUCAGGACAAUCACAGACCCAAAUACAAGGUUCAUUUAAAUAUGGAGUGUCUUAUUCUGGAGCUGCCCAAGCUGGAUCAGGAGUAUCUGGAAUGGUAUUCCCAAAACUUAAUUUGACGAAUGGGCAGACAAUUUAUAAUUUUUCAGAUCCAAGUAGCAGAAAAGGACCCAUUUCUAGUGACCCAAAUGAAAACUCAAGAAUAGCUGAAGAGUCUCAGUCUCUACCUGAUCCACUUCUGAGUUCACAGCCAAAUCCAAAUGUAUUAGAUUCAAGCAACCAACAAGAAAAUUCUCAGAGCUACUAUCCUAGUGAAGGAUUUCAAAGACGAGAGAACAACCAAUUUAAUUAUAACACUGGUAGCUUAUCACAGCCUUCACCUUCUCAGACUUUAGAUGAAAAUCUUGAAGAAGAUGAAGAGGACUAUGAUGAUGAUUAUGAAGAUGAAGAAGAUUUUGAUAUCUCUCCUAGUCAAAUGUCAUCUCGUGCUGGAGUCCAUACAACACCAAAACCAACGCCUUCACCGACAGUUUCUCCCAGUCAGACACAACAUGUCAUUUUCGGUUCUAAUGUCCCUCAUGGAGCUAAAGUUAUUCGAGAUUCUGUCCAGGCUGGGGAUGUCUUCCAGCCUGGACAACAGAUUCCAGGCUCUGGAGGAUACACCGUUCCUUCAGGGUUUAGAGGAAAGGUUAAGUCAGUAGCCGGUGACACAACAGAAGCUGCAGCAUCUGAUGGCGGUCAAGCUCAAACUCAGACAGUACUGCUCACUCCUGGAUCUGGAAAUAUCACUUACAUCGACAAGACCAAAUCCAAACAAGAGCUACUUGGACGAGAGAGCUACUACAAUAAAAGGUAUCCCUCUCCCAUUCAGCAGCAGAACAACAAUUAUAAUUAUGGAAGAUAUGGUGAGAACCCCUACAGGAAUAGUUAUGGUACUCGGUCAUUGGUGAGGAACUACCAACCUCCGAAUAAGAACUAUGAUAGUUUUGUAACUGUGUCUAAUAGUGAAACAGGAGAGUUGAAUGGUGACAGAGUAGAUCCCAAAAAGAAAGUUACCCAUACCUACUACACAAAAUCCUCCACAUGUGGAUAUUUUACUUUUACUUGUAAUGCCAUUCACGGAUCUAAUGGGAGAACAAAAAUCUGUAAGCCCAACCCUCCAACUUAUGCUGAUGGAACUCCUUGUGGUUAUUGAGCUGAAUAUAUUUUUUAUUUUUCCCAUGAGACAUAUAAAUGUGUAAUAACCAAUUGUACUGAUCAUUAAAAUUACAUUAGAUCUCAAUAAAACUGCCAAUUGAAAAAGGUUGCUUCCACACAUUUCUUUGGUAAAAUUUCCACUUUUUUAUAUUUGUAAUUAAUAAUAGUCAAUGAAGCAAACAGUGUAAGGAUAAUCUGGUUUUAGUGAUAACGAUUAUUACAAAAAGGAAUUAAAUAUCAUGAACGGUAAAACAUUUUGGGUUUUUUCACAUUCCUAGUAAGUAACUGUUUAUUACUCGUUUUUUUAUGUACCAUCUCAGUUAACAAACAGUAAAGUAUUGUAAAUAUUGGUAAUUUUUCUUGUAGAUAGUCCUGAUUUAAAUAAAUACUAAAUUAAAAAUCUUGUGGUUACUUACACAAAAAUAAAAGUACUGUAUUAUAAACAUAAUUAUUAAUUAUUUAUACAUCCCCAGACGGGUACGUUAAUAUUUUCUUGGAAGUGUUCAUCAAAGUUUCUUUUUCUUCAUGUAAAUGCAGAAUACUAUACAUAAAUAAAAAACAAAAAUGUAUGAUUAGCAAGUUUUUUUUAAAACUAGAAAAGUAGAGAGUAUUCAUAUUCAUAUUUUGUCAUAUUUUAAUUUUGACUACCUUUAAGAAAUUAAGCAUAUUCUAGUUAAUAAUGUUCUUUACAGAACAAAUCUAAAAUCUUUAUUUUAAGGCUUUUGUAAAAUUUUAUACUUAAAGUGUUCAUUUUUGUAGGUUUAAAAUAUGAUUAAGAUUUAAAAGUAUUUAUUCUCGUUAAGUCAUUUGUGUUUUAAGAGAAUUCCUAAAUGUAUUGUGAAUGUAAAUAAUGUACUUUAACACAUUACUAUAAUUGACAUUAAUUUUUAGAUGUGUUUAUUAAAUUAUAAUAAACGUGAUUUUAUUUAUAGUAAACAAUA